UUUCCGGAGAGAUUACCUCCGCUGUUCUUCCUCACCGGAAAGAUAGAACUAACCGAUUUCCUUCUCUCCAAAUCUAUCAUUCUUUUCCCCCUUUUUGAUUCCGCAAAAUCAACGAAUCUACGCCAACAUUCUCAACAAUACUUCGAUUCUGCUGAUCGAACCAUCGAAUUAUGCUUCGUCUUUGUCACGGUGCUCGUCGCUGUAUACGCGCUUACUCAUCUCGCAUCCCUCGAAAUUCUUCUCAAUUCACCGCAGAACUUAAUAAUCCGCAGAAAAUACCUCCUCCUGUGGUUCGUCGUCACGAUGCUUCUCUUUCUCAUUCAUUCGUCUCCUCUAGAACAUCCAUUGCCGCUCUCUCAUUCACCGUUGUUUCAGCCGUAGUCGCAUCUUAUCUCUUACUUGACAUUGAUUCCGACGUUAAAUCUAGUCAGAGAACGAAUCGUAUUUACGCUGAGGUUGAGGAAGCGGUUGAACGGUCUAAUGAAUCGAUUAAGAGGAUUCUUUAUAGGAUGAAACAGACUGGCGUAGCGGCAUCUGUGUUAUGGAAAUCGCUUCAAUCAGUUCUUUCGUCUGCGAAUAAUGAGGUGCGUUCUGGAUUUGAGUUUAGGGUUGCGGCUUUUUUAGCGGAUAUUGCGGCGGCUAAUGCUGCCAGGAGGGAAGCUCUUGUUGGUGCUGGAGGAGGAGCGGUGGUGGAUUGGUUACUUGAGACUGUUUCCGUGGCUGGUGAUCAUCAUUGUGCGGCUCAAGCUGAGGCUGCUAGGGCAUUGGCGUAUUUAAUAGCGGAUCAGAAUGUUCAGGAAAUUGUUUUCGGGAGACCUCAUGCUGUUCCUUAUCUUUUAAGGUUUAUAUUCUCGUCUCAACCUCAACGAUCGAAGAAGCAAUCAAGACGUACUUCUUCAUUCGAUGUUUCUGAUUCUUUGAAAGGUAGGAGCAUGCUUGUUGCUGCCCUUAUGGAUGUCAUCACUGCCAAUUGUGAUGGCAUAGAAAAGGCACCAUUUAAGUCAUUGCUUCCAAAGGAUGCUGAAAUGAGAGAUAUUGCAUCAGCAAUUGAAGUCAUUGAGGAAGGAGGAAUGCAUUUGAAUGAUCCUCCUGAAAGUGAAGAGGAUGAUGAUGAUGGUGGAGAAGGAAUAAAGGGGAUUGGCAUUAAGGUUUUAGGAGGUACAACAGUAUUAGGGUUUUCUAGAAAUUCUGCAAUAAUGGAAGCGGAAGCAAAUACUGAUUCCAAAAGCCUCUUAUUAAACAAAGCAAAUGGAGGCUCAUUAAAACAUAGAAAUAAAAACGCGACAUCAAAUGUUGUUCCUGGCCUCUGGGAUGAUUUGCUUUGUCAACAUGUUGCUGUUCCUUUUGCUGCAUGGGCAUUAGCAAAUUGGGCCAUGGCAUCAGAUUUGAAUAGAUCCCACAUUCAGGAGCUAGAUGGUGAUGGUCUUGCUGUCAUGUCUGCAUUAACAACAGCUGAACGAUCAGUUAAAUGGCAUGGGAGUUUAGUUGCAAGAUCACUCUUGGAGGAUUACAAUUUACCCCUGAAUGAUUCUGUUGAUGAUUGGACUUAUAGCCUUCUUUCUACCGUUUCUCAAGCAACCAAGAGUGAAGAUAUUCCUUUGGCUCAAGUAGCUUUGUCUGCCUUUUUGGUUUCUAUUGAAAGAAGCCCCAAGGCUCAGGCAAUGGUAUUGGAGAAGGGACUUCAUCUGAUGAGAGAAACUGCUAAAAGGACUAAAAAGGAUAAGCCCAUACAGGAAGCCAUUGCUAGGGGCUUAGAAUUGCUUUGUAGUAAUCGUAGGCAUUUAUCAAUUGAAGAAAGUCAGAAAUGGUCUGGUAUUCUUCUUCCUUGGAUUUUUGAGCAUUCUUCCUCAGAUGCUAUUCGAAUUUCAGCAACAAAAAUUCUUUCUUCCAUUUUAGAAGAUUAUGGACCAUCUUCUGUGCCAAUCUCUCAAGCCUGGUUGGCUCUUUUGCUAGCUGAUGUUCUAGAUACCUGUAAGAAGUCAAUCAAAGAAAAGACAAAGUCCAAUGACAAAGUGAAGACUCAAGUGGACCAGGCCAAUAUUCUUUAUGCUCAACAAGUUUCCAAAGAGUUAGCAAACGCAGUUGUCAACCUAGCAGUACAUCAGUUAGGAACCGAGACUGAAAAUGAAGACACAUUCCCUCUGUUAAAUCUUCUCGCUCUAGAACCGUUCUUGGGAACAUUUAAGAAUUUGAAGAAAGAAAGCCUGCCCAAAAUCGAUGCUGCAGAUUCUGCUUCAGCAGCAUUUAAGGGUAUUAAAGCACUUACAGAACUAUGCGCUGAUGAUCCACUCUGUCAAAACAAGAUAUUCGAUAACGGUGUCUUAUGUUUGCUAAGACACUUUUUACUGCAAGACGAUUAUGAACAACUUGCAGCAGCUGAAGCCUAUGAUGCAUCACGAGCCCGAGAAAUGUCAGAAAAGGUCUCAACCGCACCUGGUGGAAAUACAUCAUUAGAUUCUAAUGAUACCUCUAGUGUACGAAUCCCAUCUGCAGCUCACAUCAGGAGGCAUGCAGCACGUUUACUCUCUGUUCUUUCUUUCCUCCCAAAAGUUCACAAAGCAAUUUUAGCAGAUGAAGAUUGGCAAAAGUGGUUGGAAGAGUGUGCUUGUGGGAGGAUACCUGGAUGCCAUGAUGUUAAAAUCCAAAGUUAUGCCAGAUCAACCUUGUUAAAUACACUCUGUGCUGACCAGACUAUGAGUAGUGCAAUUUCAAAUGAAAAUCGCAAUUGUCCUCGUUAUUCAGACAUGAUAUUUUUAAUCAAUCCUGAACUACCCCACUGGAAGUGUACUGAAAGAGAUAAUGAUGAUAAUUCGGUCAAGAAUAACGAUAUAUCUUCUAAAGGAGCAGAUGAGAAUGGUGUCUCAUCAACUUCUGAAGAUGUACAUCAAAACUGCUCCAAUAGAGACGUUCCAGCCCUGGAUGUUGUUUUUGUUCAUGGGCUGCGCGGGGGACCAUUUAAAACGUGGCGCCUGUCUGAGGAUAAAACCUCGACUAAAUCUGGAUUAGUAGAGAAGAUUGAUGAAGAGGCAGGGAAGCAAGGUACAUUCUGGCCUGGAGAAUGGAUCUCAGCUGAUAUUCCUCAUGCCCGGAUAUUUAGUCUCAAAUAUAAGACAAAUCUUACACAAUGGUCUGGAGCUACGCUUCCUAUGCAGGAAGUGAGCUCCAUGCUUUUGGAGAAGCUGGUCGAUGCAGGCAUUGGAGACCGUCCUGUUGUUUUUGUGACUCACAGCAUGGGAGGGCUGGUUGUGAAGCAGAUUCUAUACCAAGCAAAAGUAGAGAACAAGGAAAACAUUGUCAACAACACUGUUGGAGUCAUUUUCUACAGCUGCCCACAUUUCGGUAGCAGACUAGCAGACAUGCCCUGGAAAAUGGGCCUUGUACUUCGUCCUGCUCCCACGAUAGGAGAACUAAGAAGUGGGUCACCUAGACUAAUAGAACUUAAUGAUUUCAUUCGCCGCCUACACAAAAGGGGUCUGGAAGUUCUUAGUUUCUGUGAGACCAAGGUAACUCCAAUUGUUGAGGGUUAUGGAGGUUGGGCCUUCCGAAUGGAAAUCGUAGCGAUUGAGUCUGCAUAUCCAGGCUUCGGCCAGCUUGUGGUAUUGGAUUCGACGGAUCAUGUUAACUCGUGUAAGCCACUCAGCCGGAGUGAUCCUUCUUAUGCAGAGACACUUGAUUUCUUGAGGAACCUGAAAGCCCAGUACAGAUCAUAUAGUAAGGAAGCUAAUCGCUGAAAAAAAAACUUAAAAUUUUUUUGGUAGGUGUAAAUAUGUUUAGGGUUAAAGUAAUUUUUUGAUGAGACAGAAAAUUAAAUGGGGAUAAGUUUUGGGGUAGAUAGAAUAGAAUGGCGCUGUAAAUUACUUACUCCAUAA